UGAUGUCUGUGUGGUCUUUUAACUGUGAUGUGGAGUCUGGGGGGCUUGGGUGACAAUGUGGGCGGGGCCUAGGGCCCCCCAAAAAUGUUGUUGUAGGCCCCGUGAUUUCUAAUAGUCCUGUUCACGUUUGUACUUUCCACAGUGUCAGUAACAAAGACUAUGGCGUUUUAGGAUGAGAGAAGUUUGUGGAGUUUCUCGUGUAAGUGGCUAAUCCUGGGUGAGGGUUGAACCAAGCGUCGGGAGGGGCCGGACUGGCAGCAGCAGCAGCGAUAGGCUUUUCUUCUGACUGAAGUGAGCGGGUAAUGGCGACAGCAGCAGGGCCGGGGAUUGUCCUCUGCCAAUAAGGAGAGAUUGAAACUAAGGAAGCCGAACCCCUGUCCUCGCUCUGGGCUUCGCUGGCCUCUAUGGACCGCAAUGGGAUUUGUCUGUUCCGGAGUGAUGCUUGUUCCCCUGCUACAGGAAUCCAGGCGACAUGUGCAGCAUCGCUUUGGGGAUUUCAAUAAACAUUCGAUCUGAGUCGGAUACUGUGGCCCCGGGGCGGGGGCCUGGGAAUCGAGUAGGAUUGUGCUGGUGGUGGGCGGCCGGCGGAUCGGAUGCAAAAGAUGUCGGCUAGUAAGGUGCUAGUGGCCGUGAGAGUCCGGCCCAUGAACCGGAGAGAAUUGGAUCUGAAGACAAAGUGCGUGGUGGAGAUGGAAGGGAAUCAGACAAUUCUGCAGACUCCCCCUGCCAAUGGCAAGCAAGGAGAGAACAGAAAACCACCAAAGGUGUUUGCCUUUGACUACUGCUUCUGGUCCAUGGAUGAAUCAAACACCUCUAAAUAUGCAGGUCAAGAAGCAGUGUUUAAGUGCCUUGGAGAAGGAAUUCUUGACAAUGCUUUUCAGGGAUACAACGCUUGCAUUUUUGCAUACGGACAAACAGGUUCAGGAAAAUCUUUCUCCAUGAUGGGAACUGCAGAUAAGCCUGGCCUCAUCCCCCGGCUUUGCUGUGCAUUAUUUGAGAGGACCUCUGAGGAAGAGAGUGAUUCUCAGUCUUUCAAAGUUGAAGUCUCCUACAUGGAAAUUUACAAUGAAAAAGUUCGAGAUCUCUUGGAUCCUAAAGGCAAUCGCCAUUCCCUCAAGGUUCGGGAGCACAAGGUGUUGGGCCCAUAUGUUGAUGGUUUAUCUCAGUUAGCUGUAACUAAUUUUGAGGACAUCGAAUCUUUAAUGUCAGAAGGAAACAAAUCUCGUACUGUUGCUGCAACAAACAUGAAUGAGGAAAGCAGCCGUUCGCAUGCUGUAUUUAGCAUUAUUGUGACUCAGACCCUGUAUGACCAUCAGUCUGGGAACUCAGGGGAGCGUGUCAGCAAAGUAAGCUUGGUGGACCUAGCUGGGAGUGAGAGAGUGUCCAAAACAGGUGCAGCUGGAGAGCGUCUAAAGGAAGGCAGCAACAUUAACAAAUCACUUACAACCUUAGGUUUGGUUAUAUCUUCUCUGGCGGAUCAAGCAGCUGGCAAAGGAAAGAACAAGUUUGUGCCAUACAGAGAUUCUGUGUUAACAUGGCUACUUAAGGACAAUCUUGGAGGCAACAGUAAAACUGCCAUGAUAGCUACAAUUAGCCCAGCAGCUGAUAACUACGAAGAGACUCUCUCGACAUUAAGAUAUGCUGAUCGAGCAAAAAGGAUAGUUAAUCAUGCUGUUGUAAAUGAAGAUCCCAAUGCUAGAGUUAUAAGAGAGCUGCGGGAGGAGGUGGAAAAACUAAAAGAGCAGCUUUCACAAGCAGAAUCUAUGAAAGCCCCCGAGCUGAAAGAUAAAUUAGAGGAAUCUGAAAAGCUAAUUCGAGAUCUAACAAUCACUUGGGAAGAAAAACUAAGGAAAACCGAAGCAAUAGCACAGGAAAGGCAGAAGCAGCUGGAAAGCAUGGGCAUAUCUCUGGAAUCCUCUGGAAUUAAAGUUGGAGAUGACAAAUGUUACCUGGUGAACCUUAAUGCUGAUCCAGCACUCAAUGAACUUCUGGUGUAUUAUUUAAAGGGUCACAACAGAAUAGGUGCUGACACUUCUCAGGAUAUUCAGCUCUUCGGUAUUGGAAUACAGCCGGAGCACUGCGUGAUUGAUGUGGCCUCAGACGGGGAGACGUAUCUCAUACCGAAGGAAAAUGCACGUACUUGUGUAAAUGGCACCCUGGUUUGUGCACAAACAUCACUAUGGCACGGGGACAGAAUCCUAUGGGGAAAUAACCACUUCUUUAGGCUAAAUCUUCCAAAGAGAAAAAGGAAAGAUUGGCUGAAAGAGUUUGAGAAGGAAGCCAGUUGUAGUGAAAUGGAUGUGGAUGCUGCAAGUGAGGCCUCAUCUGAACCAGACUAUAACUAUGAGUUUGCACAAAUGGAAGUCAUAAUGAAAGCACUGAACAGCAAUGAUCCUGUCCACAAUGUUGUGCAGGUUCUCGAGAAGCAAUACUUGGAGGAGAAGAGGAAUGCUCUGGAGGAACAGAGGCUGAUGUACGAACGAGAAUUAGAACAAUUGCGACAGCAGCUCUCUCCGGACAGGCACCACCAGCACAGCACAGAGCGACUCUCCUAUAGCUCCCAAACUGCCCAGCAGAAGUUGAACAUGUGGGCUGAGGAGAGGGAUGAGCUAUUCAGACAGAGCCUUUCUAAACUCAGAGAGCAGUUAGUCAAAGCCAAUGCCUUGGUGAGAGAAGCCAACUUUCUAGGAGAAGAAAUGAACAAGUGCACAGAUUACCAAGUGACUCUGCAAAUCCCAGCUGUCAACCUGAGUGCUAACCGUAAGAGAGGGGCAAUAGUGAGUGAACCAGCUAUUCAGGUGCGGAAAAGAUGCAAAGGAAUCCAAAUAUGGACAAUUGAGAAACUGGAGAACAAACUUAUUGACAUGAGAGAUGCAUACCAGGAAUGGAAAGAAAAUCCUCAAGAGAACAAAAGGGUUUCUUUUAAGAAAGGUGACCCAUUUUACGAAGCUCAAGAAAAUCACAAUCUUAUUGGAGUGGCGAAUGUGUUUCUAGAAUGUCUGUUUUAUGAUGUAAAGCUGCAGUAUGCUGUGCCGAUCAUCAGCCAACAGGGGGAGGUCGCUGGUCGACUUCAUGUAGAGGUGAUGCGUGUAACUGGCGUGGUGCCUGAGUGUUUAGUAGGGGAUGAUUCCUCCGAGAACUCCAGUGAAAGUGGGAGCUUUGAAAUAAUUGACAAUAGUGGUGAAAUCAUCCAUAGGGCAAAAAAACUGACCUGCAGAGUAAGAAUAAAAGAAGCAACUGGACUUCCCUUGAAACUGUCCAACUUUGUCUUCUGCCAGUAUAUGUUCUGGGACCAGCUUGAGCCUGCGGUUGCACCACCCAUGGUCAAUCCAGACAUGCCGUCCCCUCGGACUGAAGAUGUGCAGUUUACGGUUACAUUUGCUCAUGUUAAAGAUUACGUGGUGCAUAUCACAGAAGAAUUUUUAGAAUUCAUUUCUGAGGGAGCACUAGCGAUAGAAGUGUGGGGUCACAGAUGCGCUGGAAAUGGCAGGUCUCUGUGGGAGAUUGAUUCUCUACAUGCCAAAUCUAGAACGUUACGGGACAGGUGGAGUGAAGUAACCCGACGAAUAGAAAUAUGGAUUUCUAUCUAUGAGCUAAACGAAAAUGGGGAAUAUACAUCUGUAGAGCUGCAUGAGGCUAAAGACGUGAACACUGGUGGGGUCUUUCAGCUGAGGCAGGGCCAUUCUCGAAGAAUUCAAGUGACUGUGAAGCCCAUGCAGAAUUCUGGAACUUUACCGCUUAUGGUUGAAGCAAUCCUUUCAGUGUCUGUGGGCUGCAUCACUGCUAGGUCAACAAAGCUUCAGAGGGGAUUGGACAGUUAUCAGAAAAAUGAUGAUGUUGGUGGUGAUAUGGAUAGUUACCAGGAGGAGGAUUUAAACUGUGUCCGUGAAAGGUGGUCUGACACGCUGAUAAAGAGGAAGGAAUACUUAGAUGAACAGAUACAGAAAAUCAUCAACAAACAAGAGAAAAGCGAGGAUGAUAUUGAGCGGGAAGCAAGGCUGGUGGAACAGUGGGUGGGGCUGACAGAAGAAAGGAAUGCAGUACUUGUUCCUGCACCAGGAAGUGGCAUCCCAGGGGCACCUGCAGACUGGACCCCUCCUGGAGGCAUGGAGACGCACAUUCCUGUCCUUUUCCUAGAUCUUAAUGCUGAUGACCUUAGUGCCAAUGAACAACUUGUAGGUUCUCACGCCACAGGAGUCAAUUCAAUACUACCAAAGGAGCAUGGAAGCCAGUUCUUCUAUCUACCAAUCAUAAAGCAUAGUGAUGAGGAGGUUUCGGCCACAGCCUCCUGGGAUUCUGCUAUCCAUGACUCGGUGCAUUUGAACAGGGUGACACCUCAGAAUGAGCGGGUCUAUCUGAUUGUUAAGGUCACGGUGCAGCUUAGUCACCCUGCUGCGCUGGAGCUGGUUUUACGUAAAAGGAUUGCAGUGAAUGUAUAUAAUAAGCAGAGUUUUACACAGAGCCUAAAAAGACGGAUGUCGACAAAAAAUAUUCUGCACUCCUGUGGCGUAAGCUAUGAGAUUGUGUCCAACAUUCCAAAGGCCACAGAAGAGACAGAAGAUCGUGAAACACUGGCUUUGAUGGCAGCAAGAAGUGAAAAUGAGGGAAGUGUGGAUGGAGAGUCCUACAUUGAGAAAUACACACGGGGGGUAUUGCAGGUGGAAAAUAUACUGAGCCUUGAGCGGCUCAGGCAGGCUGUCACUGUUAAAGAAGCUCUGUCAAGCAAAACGAAGCUCAUCCGAAGAAGCCUCAGCACACCCAACAUGCACAAUACAUCUUCUAGCCGUCUUGACCUAAUUGCUGGUGAUGAAGAUGACAAGGGCUGGACGGAUAGUCUGUAUGAUCUGACAGAGUACUCUUCCAGCUAUAAAGACACACCAUUCUACAGCAGCCAAGUGAGUGAUUCUCCCAGAAGGAAGGACAGUGGUGGAGGCAGUGUACUGGACAGUGCACAUGCUUUAAGCCCAUUCAAAACAUUCACUCAUCAACCACCCAAACUCUUCAAGCCAUUGAUGCCUGUCAGAGAAGAGCACAAAAGAAAGAUUCCUGUUGAAAGCCAGCCUCUCCUCAGUCAAGAGAGCAUGCCUUCAUCCCAGACACUUGGCCCUGGCACUGCUGUGCCGUCAGGACCUAAUGACAUCUGCAUGCGACUAGAAAACAAUAACCCUCAUGAAGAUAUCAUUGAGUCGGAAGAAGACGAUAAUGAAUUUAGUGGGAGCAGUAAAAAAGGAAUCCACUCCAGUAGUUUUCAAACUUUCCAGCCUUAUGUCCCAGAAGAAUUUGCUGAUUUCAGUGUUUACAAUGCCAGUCUGGACAACAAGGACUGGGUCCCCUUAAAAGCAGAUUUUCUUUGCUCUCGGCCUCUGGAGAAAGAGAUUUCUCGGAGUCCCACCAGCAGCAGUAUUACUAGUGGCUACUUUUCUCACAGUGCAUCCAACGCUACACUUUCUGACAUAAUGGUUCCCUCCAGUAACAGCAUGGAUCAUUUAGUUGCCCAUACUGGGGAUUUUGAAAGCCGAGAUGUUUCGCUUCACCAUUCUGCAAAUGAUCAUGCGUCUUACUCUCACAAACGAUCGAAUGGUAGGAUUUCUACAGACGAUGCAACCAGCCUAGCAAACCUCAUAGAAAAAAGUGCCCUUGAUAAAGUGCCACAUUGCACUACUGAAAAAACUGCUGCUCUCCUGUUCAGAAGUGUGUCAUGCUCUUCUGUCGGCUCCCCAACCUACAAAUCUAAAGUAAGCACUGUAAAUUUUCUGCCCAGUGAAGUUGCCGUGGAGCACACGUGUGUUAUAUUAGAAGAUCAUUCAUUCACAGAGUUCAUGGGGGCUGAAGAUGGCAAAGAAUUUGAGCAACAUGAGCACUCCCUGGAUUUAUUUUCCAACGGAGAUAAAGAUAGAGCUGACUGCAACUUAGUACCUGACCUCUCUAAUGAAACCCCUAGCCAACACUGGCUGACAGAGGAUGAUAAUGACUCAAACUGCCUGGGUGAUGCUGCCUUAUUUAGCAAAUCCCCCCCUCAUUUCGCUGAAGAUAGUUCCCUUGAAAAAAAUAAUUUACAUCUUUCUGACUGUGAAGAUAAUCCUUUCCACAACUCACUGUGUCUCGCACUUGGCGAUCAAGUAUGCAUUGGGGAGAACAAAACUGGGACAGUGCGAUACGUUGGCACAGUCGAUUUUUCACAUGGUAUGUGGGUUGGAAUUGAGCUUCAUUCUCAGCUAGGCAAACAUGACGGGACAGUAAAAGGCAAGGAGUAUUUCCGCUGCAAACCCAAGCACGGCGUGUUUGUCCGUCCCAGUCGGAUUACCAAAGCACUUGACUUGUCACAGAGGAGCAACAGCAGCACUGCACAGGCUCAGGCAUCAAUGAACAUAGACAAGAGGAAGAGUGCGGUGCUUCGAGACUCUUCAGCUGCCAAUCCAGAAGUGAAAGCAGCCUACAUGUCUGGGGAUCAGGCAGCAUCUGCAUUUUCUAGGAAACAGGAGAUCCGCAAAUCCUGGAUUAACUAAGAAGCAUUAUUUGCACUUACUACACAAUUCUUGUGUUAAAAGAAAAACAUUUUGUACAGCUGUACAGUUUUAAUUUGUUGUUCUGAAACGUUUACUGGAUAGAGUCAAAGACAAUGUUCUAACUGUUUUUAAUGUGGUCUCUACAUGAAAUGUGUCUGCCUUGUAGGCAGGUUGUUGCUGCACACUAAAAGCACGACUGAAAGUGAAUAUGUAGAUAGAGGGCAGGUACUGGUCUAUUCUUACAUGAUGUCUCUAUUUUAAUCAGAGAAACAAAACCUAUUUUAUUCAAAGAAGAAAAAUAAACCAUAUAUACAUAUCUGUACAAAUGAAAA